AUCAGAGUGUCUCUCUUCCAUUUGGUUAUCUGGAAAUUUUGGAUUGUGUACCGUUUGUGUUCCUUGAUCGGCCUCUGCAAUGUGUUGAUCUGUUGUUGAAGGUGGUGUCGGUCGAUUCUCUUGUUUCAAACAGCUUACCAGCUGCCGAGCAGACGUGCAAGGUGCAUGUGUAUGGAGUGACGAGAGCAAUCAGCCCUGUAAUUAGGAAUGGUAUGAAGUCUCCUUACUUUUUGGUAGAAUUGGCUGAUGCCAGCAGUGCAGUCUGUAUACCACUUAUCAUACAGGUACCAGAACUUCUUUAUCUGCAGCAAGUUCUCAAACUUGAUCAUGUUUAUAGUGUCUCCCAUCUUGUUCAUGUUAACAUCAAGGGUCAGAAUGAAAAAGCAUUGUGGGCUGGCACUCGUGAUACUGUGUUUACAGAAAUGCAAACGUCGCCUCCUUCAAUAGAACUUAGUCACAAUUCCACGAGUCCCUCAUUCAGUAGUUUCAACAGCCUUGAGAGACCUAGAGGUGUUAAGAGACCACUGAGAAGUAUAACGGUGAAUGAUGCUGGUCCACAAGCCAAGAGAAUUGUGACUGAUGAAGGAAGCACAGAAACAGGGCAAGAGGAGAGAGUAACAAAGAAACAGAGUGAUUGUUGUUACCCAGUGAUGUCAUACAUUGGCUGUAUUACCAAAUGCGUGAAUCCUCAAGCUUAUAUUUUCGAGUUAGAUGGUAAAGUAAGGUGUUACAUUAGCCAUCAAUUAGCCACACGGUAUGGUAGAGGUUUGAGAGUUGGAUCUCAAGUGAAACUGACAAACGUUCAUCUUGUGAAAGAGAAGGAUGUUACUGGAUUAUUCUGCUGUUCAUCUAGCAAAGUUACUCUGCAACAAUUCUCUUUACUUGACUCUCCAUAUUGCCCUAUGGUUGACUACACGAAUGUCUACUUCAAACACUUACCAAACAUGGCUCCCAGUGAUUUUGUUUGGUACGUUAACUCGGCUUGCUGGUUGCAGGAGAAUUUGAAGGACGUGGUGAGUGAGAAAGAAGUUGUUGGUGGAUUUCGAAUGAAAGCUGAAGGUCAAAAAUGGUGUAAAGGUCUCAUAGACAAAUUGUAUCAAGCAAUGAGAAUACGCUCUGUUUUGUCGCCUCCAACAACGUGUGAUGAGGUGUUUAGUGCACCACAUUACUGCAAACUGACUGCCUUGCAACCACACAGAUUGCCACCAAUGAAGAAUAUUGACCAUAUUAGAAUGAUCAGUUGCCAAAUGGAAGGAAAGAAUGGCUGCAAACUGGACAGUUGGUCAGCAUUUACUGAUGCAAGUUCAGAGGUGGUAGUUGGUGUUCUCUCCAGUUGCUUUGUAUCUGGUCGACUUCAGUUGACUGACUCAUCAGGCUCCAUUGAUAUUUUGACAGUCAAAUUAGGCUCAUCUAUUCAGACAGGCUGCUCUUACGCCUUACCCAGCCAGAUUGGAGGCAUAUGGGCUAUACGGAACUUCAAAAUGGUGUGUGAAACGAUCGACGUGAAGAAGGGAGACAAUGCAAAAUCAAUUUUUCCGUAUCUUCUUGUUGAUAUGAACCAGUGUGUCCAACUGAGACCGAAACGUGGUGACAGUAGAAAUAAGCUGUGCUGUUGUUUAUGUCCAGAUAAAUCAAAGAAUGCAAGUCAAACGAGUCUUGACUGCCUGAUAUUGAUAUUAACAGUAAAAGAUCCUCUUACAAUUAAACAGUUUUAUGCCCAGUUUUCAGUUGAGGGAAACUCACAGACAGUCCUUGUUGAAUUCUAUGAUUUAGAGGUGAAUUAUUAUGAUUUACUAAGAGUUGGGAGGAGAUACCGGAUAGACGGACUCUGUGCUAAGUGUCUCGAGAAACGAAAAGUAAUGAACGUAUUUCAACCGAUUCGGUUUGACUCAAACAUAAUGAGACUUGCAGAGGAGCCAAGCUGUGAGGAUAUACGAAUACAACACGUCUCGGAGAUUCUCUUCGUUGACCAGGAAAGAAAGGACUCGUUGGUCUCAUUCCAUGGAGUCAUCAUUUCUCAUCAGUUGCAACUAUCAAGCAAGCCUAAUCUGUUUGCUUCUAAAAACCAUUCUAGUCCAUCGUAUUUGUUCCCAGUUGGUCACCAAUACACAGUUGUGUUAAUAAUUCGUGACAUCGAAGGACAUGACGUUGUUACUCUGUAUGUUGAUCAAGGAAAGUGGGUUUAUCAGCUUGGGUUGCUGUGUGGGAGCCGGGUGGUUAUACGUCGUGCUGUUAAACGUUUGUCAGAAUCAAGGAAUAUCUACUGUGUAUUUGCAUCGUCUACGAACAUCGAAGUCUUGGCGUAUCAGUCAGAAAUACCCGAGGUUGCUGCUAAACUUGAUGCCAGAUUGGAUCUUCAUGACCUGAAGGGAUUAGAAAUUCGACGUUCUUUUCUUUCGGAUUUUGUCUAUGAUUUGGCGGGAAAUCCGAGAGUUCAGCGGCUCUGCCGUGUUCAGGUGCGAGUUGGUUGCUGUCAGCAUGUGAUGCUGAAAUGGCAGUGCAGUCGGUGUGGUCAGAUCGUAACAGGACGGAAGUGCUCAAAGUGUCUUAGCGACAUGCAGACGUUUAAUGCAGAAGCAAAGUUUGUUGUUGAAGACAGUUCAGGGGAGGCUAUCUUGUAUGCUGGUGGAGUGUUGGUGCAGGCCAUUCUUCGUCUUUCAUUGAAACAGUGGACUGAUCUUGAGCAAUUGACAUGUUCUGCUGGGACUAUCGUGUAUGUUCGGAAUUGGCAUGGACGUGAUAAUCACUGGAAGACGACUGUAGACAAGUCGUCGCUUCACCUGGCACAACAUUGUAACUCAUCAACAUACGGCAGAAUGGUCAACAUCCUUUGUCGGCAAGUGGCCACAAAGAAUGCAGGAUACAGCAGGCGAACAAUCACACUUCGUGGUGCUGAGCACUCGACUUUGGUUCGUUCUCGCUUGCUUCUUCGCUGUGUCAGAGUAUUUGAACUAGAUCAUCAUGCUGAAUCAAUGGCACUACUUACAACAGAGAAGAAUCUUAAUUAACUAGACACAAAUUCGUUGUUAGAUCCAACUUUUAAUUUAAAGAAAUAGGAAAUAAUUUCCGGUGUUGAUUUGUUUGACAUUUUAUGCUUUAUCUGUAGUUUACUGAAUCAAUUGGUAGAUAUACGUAAGUGAGGCACUUAUAUAUGCCGUUUAGUUUCUAUUGCAGAGGUGGAAAGUUUUAUUGAUGGUUUGGCAACACAGAAAUGUAAUGUAAUUUGUUAGAGUAAAAUUACGAUUUUGUAUGCAU